AUAUAAUAUUACCUUAUUACCACUGUAUGCAAUGCAUGCAGUCUGAAUUUCAGAGAUUUCCAGAUUGCACAAGCUAUGCUUUUUGCCAUUGAAGAGAUUAAUAACAGUACCAACCUACUACCUGGCAUUUCUCUGGGUUAUAAAAUAUAUGAUACUUGUGACUCUAAUGCCAGGAGUGUGGGGGUGGCCCUGGCAUUGGCUAAUGGAAAUGAUACUGUUCCUGCAUCCUCCAAGGUUUUAUGUAAUAAAUCUGCACAAGUAAAGGCUAUUAUAGGAGACACCUCUUCAUCAACUUGCAUGGCAACAGCUACAAUUGUUGGACCCUUUAAUAUACCACAAAUCAGCCCAUUUGCCACCUGUGCUUGUCUCAGUGAUAAAUCCAAGUACCCAUCCUUCCUCAGAACAAUACCCAGUGACUACUAUCAGAGCAGAGCACUGGCCCAGCUUGUCAAACACUUUGGUUGGACUUGGGUUGGAGCUAUUAGAACAAAUGAUGAUUACGGCAAUAAUGGCAUGGCUACAUUCACAGAAACAGCUCAGCAGGUGGGCAUCUGCCUGGAGUAUUCAGUAGCUUUCUUCAGAACAGAUCCACCAAAUAAGAUACAAAAGAUUAUUGACAUUAUCAAGCGUUCCUCCUCCAAGGUGAUUGUUGCUUUCCUCUCUUACUUGGACAUGGAUGUGUUAAUAAAUAGGUUGUCUCAUCAUAAUUUGAGUGGGUAUCAGUGGGUUGGUAGUGAGGCCUGGAUAUUUGAUUCUCAAACUGCAGAGAUGGAUAAACAUCAUGUUCUGGAUGGUGCCAUAGGCCUGUUUAUCCCCAAAGCACAUGUUAGAGGAAUGAGAGAGUUCAUAUUAGAUUUGAAGCCAGUGAAUUCAUUGGAUACUGACAUCCUAACAGAGUUCUGGGAGACAUUGUUCAGUUGUAAAUUUAAACAGUCAAAUUUAUUAGCAGAGAAUCAAAGUAAAUGUACUGGGCAUGAGGAUAUGAUUGGUUUACAACACGGCUUCAUUGACAUGACACUAAUGCCCAUAUUUAACAAUAUAUAUAAAGGAGUGUAUGCUGUGGCCCAUGCACUUCACAGUAUACUUGGCUGUAACAAAACAUGUAACAAAACAAUGCAACUGGAUCCCUUUAUGAUUUUACAGCACAUAAGAAACAUUAAUUUCAUAACAAAAGAAGGAGAAGAAGUUUACUUCAAUGUGGAUGGAGACCCACCAGCAAAGUAUGAAAUUAUAAACUGGCAGCCAACAGAAAAUGGUGCUGUGGACUUUGUCAUAGUUGGUCUCUAUGACGCAUCUUUACCUGAAGACAAACAGCUGAAUCUGCAAAAUAAGUCUUUAAUAUGGGCAAUGAACUUAACACAGGUUCCUGUGUCAGUUUGCAGUGAGAAAUGUUCCCCAGGAACUCGUAAGGUUCUCCAGAAAGGAAAGCCUGUUUGCUGCUAUGACUGUAUACGAUGUGCAGACGGAGAAAUAAGCAACAUCACAGAUUCCAUCAGCUGUGUCCAAUGUCCACCUGAAUUCUGGUCAAACCACAGAAGAGAUGUGUGUGUGAAGAAGGAGGCAGAGUUUUUAUCCUAUGAAGAAAUGAUGGGAGCACUGCUCACUGUUGCAUCUUUAUGUGGAACAAGCAUGACUGCUGUUGUAGCCUUCAUUUUCUUCACAUACAGGAAAACUCCUAUUGUCAGGGCCAACAACUCUGAGCUGAGCUUCCUGCUGCUCUUCUCCCUGACUCUGUGCUUCCUGUGUUCCCUGACCUUCAUGGGUCGACCCUCUGAGUGGUCCUGCAUGCUGAGACACACAGCAUUCGGCAUUACCUUUGUCCUCUGUAUGUCUUGUGUUCUGGGCAAAACUGUGGUCGUGUUAAUGGCCUUCAGAGCUUCACUUCCAGGCAGUAAUGUGAUGAAAUGGUUUGGACCAACACAGCAGAGACUCAGUGUUCUGAUCUUUACUCUCAUACAGGUUGUAAUAUGUGUAUUGUGGUUAGCGAUUUCUCCUCCUUUUCCAUUCAAGAACUUGAAGGUAGUCAAAGACAGAAUCAUCUUAGAAUGUGCUCUGGGCUCAGCUGUAGGAUUCUGGGCUGUACUUGGCUACAUAGGUUUUUUGGCUGUGUUCUGUUUUAUUCUUGCUUUUCUGGCUCGGAAACUGCCCGAUAACUUUAAUGAGGCCAAGUUCAUCACCUUCAGCAUGUUGAUAUUCUGUGCAGUGUGGCUCACUUUUAUUCCAGCUUAUGUCAGCUCUCCCGGAAAGCUCAGUGUUGCUGUUGAGAUUUUUGCUAUUCUGGCUUCUAGUUUUGGACUGUUGAUAUGUAUCUUUAUUCCAAAAUGUUACAUUAUGUUACUCAGACCUGAGAAGAACACAAAAAAAUAUAUAAUCCGGAAUAAGGUAAAUUUCUAAAAUAAUACACCAUGUACAGAUACAAAUAUUCCAAAACUUGCCUUUAACAGCAUCCAAUACAAUAUCAUAUACUAUUAUUUCUCUAUUUUAUAUAUACACACACACACACUCUAUUCUCACCCCACGCGGAUCUCAUCCACUUUUUCUAAGCUCGGGUCCUCUACCAGAAGCCAGGA